UAGUCAAGAAACAUCAGAGAAGAAAUUAUCUUUGUGAAAAUUGCUAACAUUUAAAUUACAAAAAUGUUGAAGAUCUUGAUUGGUUUGAUUUUGUUUGUUCACUUGGGCUCAGCACAAAGAAGCACAGCUCCUAGAAGUACGUGUUCACGUUGGCCGAAUAUAAGACAUACCACCUUCGAUUGCAGUGGAUCGCACUGUACUGUAAAUUGUACAACAGGCUACGAAUUUGAAGAUUCAAAUGGACAAACAUCAUCUGAGUUCAACUGUAUUAAUGGCAAAUGGAUUUCGGAAAGCGGUGUUAGCAAAUGUGAAGCAAUUUGUGAUCCAGCUUGUGUAAAUGGUUACUGCUUAUCACCGGGCAGUUGUGUAUGCUUGGAAGGUUACACCGGAGCUCAAUGCGAAAGCGCAAUAAGCGAUUGUGAUAAUGUCUACCCAGGUUACACGAACGCUGAUGUUUCUAGCGACGGCACUUUUACAUCUUUCACAUGUUACGAUGGCUACACAUUGCAAGAUGGAAAUACCACACUGGAUAUGAAAUGUGAAAAUAGUCAAUGGAUAUCCAUUGAUCCGAACCAAAACUUCGCUGCCAAUUGUUAUCCAAUGUGCGAAUACAAAGGCAUAAAGUAUACAACUGGACAGAAGUUUAAGGUAGAGUGUGAUAAUGAAUGCACAUGUGGAACAGACGGUGAUCUUAGUUGCACAAGUAAAGCUUGCAUUGGCCAAUGCUCGGGAGAUCCUCAUUGCAAAACAUUUGAUGGUCUUUCCUAUGCUUAUAUGGGCCAGUGCUCUUACCAUUUGUUCAAAGUAGAUGAUAUCGUUGGACAAGAGAUCGAUAUAAUUUCACACCAUACAUCUUGCGUUUAUUUCGCAGAUCCAAGUGUACCAAAUGCAUCGUGUUUGGCAGGGCUUACACUUAAUGCAAAAUACUUCGGUCGAUCAACAUCAAUUGUUUUCAAAAAUGAUUCGCAAUCCAGCGUUGAAGUUAAUGGAGUCGAUAGAACAUCAAAUCUUCCAAUCGCUGUUUUGGGUGGCAAAAUUUACAUUCGUAAAGAAGACUCAAACGUCUUAUCAGCUACAUUCUCAGAUGGUUUGAAAGUAACAUGGGUAUCCAAAGGAUAUUAUGAAAGUUCAAUAACUGUCAAAGCACCUAUUUCUUAUGUCGGCCGAACGAGAGGACUGCUUGGAACCACCGAUGGAGACCAGACAAAUGACUUGAUUACAGCUGAAGGUAUAGUCCAAAACAAUGCCGCUAUUUUUGGAACCUCAUGGCGUGUUACAGAAAUAUGCGAUAAUUCAACGUUUGUUGGUGAUGCACCUGAUACGUGUGCGAUGUAUCCAGAACGCAAAGCGAAAGCAGUAGAAGCGUGUUCUUAUUUGAAGAGCGAAAUAUUCGCUGAAUGUCCCGUUGAUGCGACAGGGAAUUACGAGAGUUGUUUAAUUGACUUGUGCGCAGCACAGAAUGAAGAGGCAUUCAAUGGAUUUAGAGAUAUUGCUUAUACGACACUUACGUAAGGGAAUGCAGCAAUGCUAAUGGCCAAACCUAUAUAAAUGCAACGUGCCCAGCUGGUCAAGUAUACGCUGAUUGUUCCAAAUGGUCUUACCGUAGCUGUGGUGAUGUUUUUUCGUCGUAUGCGCAAAAUUUCAUUACAUCUUGCGAUGCCAG